UACGGGAUCAAGUGGUUUUUGCUGUCCGCCAGGAAUACGUGCUGCUUGGAGAUCAGCUGCUGGACUUACGCACUGGUGACGAAAUUGCCAUUAUCCCACCUAUCAGUGGGGGCUAAAGUCAGGAAGACCUUUUCAGAGAUAUCAUGAAUGGAAUUGGAGAUGAACCCAAGGACUUCAUUAAACUGACUGAAGACAAGUUCUCAGCAGAUGAAGUAUCAGCCCUGGUGAUUUCUCCCUGCUGUGGUGCUGUGUCCCUCUUCAUAGGCACUACCAGGAAUAACUUUGAUGGGAAGAAAGUGAAGCACUUAGAAUAUGAAGCGUAUGCACCCAUGGCCGAAGUGAAAAUAAAGAAAAUAUGCACAAAUAUAAGAUUAAAAUGGCCCUCGGUCAGACAUAUAGCAAUACAUCAUAGACUUGGUACGGUUCCCAUUAGCGAAGCGAGUGUGAUCGUGGCGAUCUCGUCUCCUCACAGAGCAGAAUCUCUUGAGGCUGUGCAGUACUGCAUCAAUACUUUAAAAGCAACAGUACCUAUCUGGAAAAAGGAGGUCUAUGAAGAAGAAUAUUCCUGGAAAGAAAACAAGGAGUGCUUUUGGGCUAAGAUGAUCAAGUAGAGCUCUUCCAACUUGUGGAACUGGUUAGUUUUGUUAAAAAAAAUACAGAAGAUAAUUAGCGAAUUGACAGGAAAUCUCAUGAACAAAUGCACAAAUUACUUCAAAGCACCUUUCUGUGUGAAGGCUUGAGUCUUAAGGCUUGAGAUGGAUACACAGUGGAUUUCUUUCUCUCUUUUUUUUUUUUUGGUAAUCAUUCACUGGCAUUUGUCUGGCUUUAAUAGUAGUCUUCUGCAAAUUCUGAAGCCUGCAUUUUGUAGCCUAGAAUGCAGGUAUUUUGCCAGGCAUUUGGUAACCCAGGAUAGCCCAAGCUAGUCUAAUCUCAUCAGAUUUCAGAAGCUAAGCAGGACUGACCCUGGCUGGUAUUUGGAUGGGAAGUCACCAAGGAAUACUAGAGUUGGGACACAGGCAGGCAAUGGCAAACCACCUCUGAACAUCUCUUGCUGUGGAAACCCUACAGGGUUUCUAUAAGUCUAUGACUUGAUGACAGCUUCCCCCCAAAAACACACACACACCAACCCCAAAUUGAAAUCAUGCAUUGCUUUGAUGAAUCUGCGUGAAGAUUCCAGGAUUUUAAUGCAUUUCUUUCCUGGUUUUCCGUUAAAUAUUUUGCAUUAAGUCUUUGAAAUCUUGAGCUGGGUUAGCCCUUUCCCACAAAACCAUUUUUUUUAAAAAAAAUCCUCAUCUAUGUCAUGAACACUACCAAUCCCAUGAGUGAACAUUCAAACAUACCUUUUUUGCCUCACUGCAUGAGCAGCCUUAAGUUUUCCUAGGUCUGAAUAUGGGGAAAUAUAUUACAUAAACUGGUCAGUUGUGGUCAUAACUGGCAAGAAUGCCCAUGAUUGCACUGCUGGUUCUCUGUAGAUUAGAAUAGUUGCCAGCUAUGGAUUUUCUGCUUCAUCCACUAAAAUUCUAUGCUAAUGUACGAAGGGGUAUGUUUGCAUAAGGAUAUAAUAUAUAAAAACAGCAAUACUCAAAAUACCCUUUCACAACACAAUUGGGAAAGAUGAAUGCUUUGAUAUUGGAAAAAUUAGAAUUUACAAUAGAGUUACAAUAGUAAUAGGCUAAGGGGAAAUACAGACAAUUUAGUAUGUGUUCUCCAGACAUGCUGUGAACUACCACUGUGCGGAUAAAUUGAGCAUAAUAUAAUAGAACAGGAAUUCAGUGGCAAAGGCUAACAAAAUAUGCUCUGGUGUAAGUUUUUUGAGUCAGAAUUCACAUCAGAUGUAUCUGAUGAAGUGAGUUUUGACUCCUGAAUGCUUAUGCUGGAAUAAAGUUUUGUAAGUCCAGAUGGAACUAGCCUGUGAGUGAAUGGAGCACUGGUUGCAGGUUUUCAUUUGUCCUUUUCCAUCUAGUCCUUAUUCACUGCUGCCACCUCCUGCUUCACUUGGGAAAUGAGCCACAGGUGAGUGCUUUGUUAAUUUUCCCCAGCUAUUGCCAGAGGAGCAGAGGUGGGAACAAGUGAAUGAAGAAUACUUGUGAAUGUAGCAUGCAGGCUGUUCAUGUGUCGUGUCUGUCUUCUCUCUUAGAAUGUGAGCUUGGGCAUCUCCAGUUGCAUUGGCUUGUUUCGCCACUUCAGCCUUUCAUUUAUAAUAUGUGAAUAAAAAUACUGUUGAGCCGUAUAGGGAUAUUGUAAGGAUAAUUGAGAUAAUGUAUGUGAAGUGUUUUGAACACAUGAAAGACCCAUGGAAAUACUAAGCACAAAUGAACCUUUAGUGUCUCUUGUGGCAGUCUUUGAAGAUCUGAGUUUUAUUAUGCAUUCAGAAUUUACUUUGGUGUCAAAUGAUAUACACUUGCUGUUGCAAUAAAAACCUACUGAAUGGUUUAAUGCAGA